AUGCCAGCGCUGCGCACCCCUUCCUCGUCGGCGUCGCCCGCCAAGCGCGCCGCGCCCGGCGCACACGUCUCGUCGCAGAGCGCGCGCUCGUCGUCGUCGCCCGGCUCGCCAGCUCCGCCCCAGCGCGGCAAGCCGGCGCGCCCAGAGCCGGGACGUGCCUCGCCGCGCCUCGCCAACGUGGCUGAGGACGAGGGCGAGGAUGGAGCUUGGGCAACUGUAGAGCGGCUCCUGCUGGACCGCACGCUGCACCUACAUGCGCACUCGCACCUGCACUUUCCAUCCGACGUGCCGUCCGAGACGCCGUCCUCGUCAGCCGCGCCCGAACAGCUGCGAGCAAUGCGGCUAGCCUGCCGCGAGUUCAUGACGCCCCGGCUUGCGGCGCUGUCCAACACGCUGCCUGGCGUGUCAGCACCACCGCCGCAGGUGCGAGUGGCGACGCUGCCGUCGCUCGGACCCGAGGCGUGGGUCAUCGAGGUGGUCAUGCGCGCUCCGAACCCGACAAAUGCACGCGCAUCAGCUGCGACCGCACCGGCGUCGGCGGCUGUGCUCAUGCUUCCUACUGUGCUGCUGGCGCGCGCCGCGCGCACAUCGAGCACGUCGCCGACGGCGCCUGCUCUGCUGCCGUUGCUGCUCGCCUUUACAGCACAGCAUCUCGACACGCACCUGUCGCCGCAGGGCGCGGCGCGCUCGUGCAAGGGCAAGCGGCUCGAGGUGCUGCUGGAGGAUCUGUGGAAGCAUGCGAUGGGCGCCGGCGAGGGCAGCAUCGAGUGUGCAUGGGACAUGGGCACCAAGGGUCUGGACAACAUGAGCCUGCAGAUGGGCUGGGCGGACGCGGCGGAAAGCUGUGGCGGCGCCGGCAAGGCGCCAAUUCAUCCGCUCCUCACCGCCUACCUGGCCGAGCACUCCUCGCUGUAUCCCUCGCCCUCGGCGCUGGUGCGCAUCGGCGUCGCAGGCGUGCACGUGGGCGUGAAUGCGUCGGGCGUGCGCAUCAAGGUGUCGUCGGGCAAGGGCGACGCCAAGGGCAGGGCACGGAGAGUGCUGAAGUGGAUCAACGAGGAGGCUGCUGCGGCAUGA